ACUGUAUCUAAGUUUAUUGAUUUUGUUGCAGGUGCUGGAGGUUAUUCUUACCUCUAUGAGCCACUUUGGUGGAUUGGCAUGAUUACAAUGAUUGUGGGGGAAAUUGCUAACUUUGCAGCUUAUGCAUUUGCGCCAGCUAUUCUAGUCACUCCUCUAGGUGCACUUAGCAUCAUUAUCAGUGCUGCCCUAGCACAUCUUAUCUUGCGUGAGAGGUUACACAUUUUUGGGAUUCUUGGUUGCGUUCUAUGUGUUGUGGGUUCAACAACAAUUGUGUUACAUGCUCCUCAAGAACGUGAAAUUCAGUCAGUUAAGGAGGUGUGGGACCUUGCAACAGAGCCAGCUUUUCUAUUUUAUGCUACUUGUGUUAUAGCAGCAGUUUUCAUCAUCAUUGUCCAUAUUAUACCCCAUUAUGGGCAGACUCAUGUUAUGGUCUAUAUAGCAGUUUGUUCACUUGUGGGUUCGCUAUCAGUAAUGAGUGUCAAAGCUUUGGGGAUUGCUCUGAAGCUAACAUUUUCAGGAAUGAAUCAAUUAGUAUACCCCCAAACAUGGGCCUUUACUUUGUUUGUGGCUACUUGUGUGAUCACUCAGAUGAACUAUCUAAACAAGGCUCUUGAUACAUUCAACACAGCUGUUGUGUCGCCCAUAUACUAUGUGAUGUUUACAUCCUUGACUAUUUUGGCCAGUGUAAUCAUGUUUAAGGACUGGGAUCGACAAAACCCAACUCAAAUUGUUACGGAAAUAUGUGGAUUUGUGACCAUCCUGUCUGGAACUUUUCUCCUUCAUAAAACGAAGGACAUGGUUGAGGGUUCAUCACAAUCUCUACCACUGCGCCUUUCCAAGCAUGCAGAAGAGAAUCCAUAUGAACCUGAAGGAAUCCCUCUUCGACGUCAAGAAUCCCUGCGACAGGCGUAGUUGUCUGAUUCAUCGUUCAAGAUUUUGCAUGUGUUCUGGGGGAGUGUGGGACUCGCAGCCAUCGACUUGUGUGUUACAAGUACAUUGAGCUGGUCCUUUAUGUUCAUUCAGAUGACGGAGAUGGCAAGAAUUCUUCUCAGAAGAAUUCUUCUCAGAUAGAAAAUGAAAUGAGCACUUUUCGGCUUCUGCCACAUAAUGUUCAACUCCCCAUCUUGCCUACUGGCAAAAGCCUCUCACCCCCUCUCUUGGGGACUUGUAAUUUUGUUUACAUUAUUCAAUAUAAUGUAUCUUAGCUUCAGUUUUACAAAGAAAUGCAGAAUUUUCUGGAUAUUCUUAU